AUGCUCGGGGUAGAAUGCUUGAAACAAUGGGCAACAUCUAUAUGGCAAUAUAUCCUGUCCAUUUUUUAUCAAAAAGAGCUAAACAUUGUGAUUGUGGGACUUCAAAACUCCGGGAAGACGUCUUUGACAACAGUUCUACUGGGUAGGCCUUUCGAACAGGACACAAUCCCAACAUUAGGGAUGCGUAUGGAACAAUUUAGUCUGGGGCUCAACGUUGUCCGUAUAUUCGACCUCGCAGGGCAACAUCGCUUUCACCAUAUCUGGAAGAGGUACUUUGAAAGAGCGGACCUAAUAAUCUACGUUAUAGACUUGUCGGACUUAACUAACUGGCAAGAGUGCAAACGCACAUUACAUCAGGUCAUUGUGGAUACUAACCGCGACGGCAUACCCAUGUUGAUCCUAGGGAAUAAGAUUGACCUUAUAAAUAUACCAGAUAUUUCCAAAGGCGUGAAUGAUCGCAAGAAUCAAAAAAGGAGCGCCGCGGACUUGAGCGCUAUCGAGCAGUGGAAGUACAUGGCCCCCCUGCUAAGGAAUUACGAAUUUGAAGAUAUUCCGACCUACCAGCUUGAAGAUUCGAAUCUUUACGUACUCAAGAACGUUGAGACUUUGUCUAAAGAGCUAGGGAUUGAUCUAAAGAACGGCAUUCUUUACAUGCCCGAAUCUCAAAUUUAUCUCGAUAGGGAUCUGGCCGUUUUUACCAUAAGUUGCAAAGACGGGGAGUACGUUCAGGAUGUACUGAAUUGGGUUAACCAGCUUUGA